UAAUUCAAAAAUACCACAACAUUGCUCAUAUUGAAGGCACUCAACAUACUAGAGUUGCUCGUAGUUACGGCGAGUUCCACUCAGUUGUUUUGAUAACUUGAUUCACGUGUUUUCUUAGUGCGAUCUGGUAUUACAAAUUCCAACAAUCCCCUCAACUGUUCAAAUUGAUUGAUCAGUUGAUCAUAAUCAGUUCAAUAGUUUUGUAAAAACAUCCCGUAGAAGAUAAACCAGUUCAAUAUUUAUGAUAGCAACUCACUAACUAGUAGUCAACGUUCGCCAUGUUUCUCAAGAAGCACAAACACCUUAGCGUCUUCGUUAUAAUAUUUGUGGCAUGGCACUUAAAACAAAGCCAGUGUUUCCACUCUGAAAUAUCCUUUAUAUACCUGGAUGACCACGGCACACCUUUCGUCUCACAAGAGUCCCACGAUAAUGAAGUCGUCACUGGAACCUUUACGGACAAAACAGAAUCCGAAGGGUUCUCCUAUUUAACCAUUGAAGCCAACUCUGCAUUUCCAGAUGAGGUUCAAGCAUACAGUGCCGGAUACAUGGAAGGAAUCCUUACUUCUCUCAAGAUCAACCAGAUGUUUAGCAAUACAGGCGCUGGAGGUUGGCCUAUAAGCGACAACGUCAAAUCAUUCAUAGCCGAGAACUUGUAUUUCAUGAAAGCCAAGGUAGACAGAAAUCAGGACCAUUCGUAUUGGUACCAUACAGGACUGCUCAUGUUCCAGAUCAAAGGUAUAGAAGACGCUUUUCUGGGUAACCCAUGUAAGGUAUCCAGAGACAUAGACCCCAUGGGUCCAAUGUGGAUGUUCCAGUGGCAGAUGGGUGAAUUAUCCGACAUCGAGACAAAGUUUGGAUCCGUAGAAAAACGAUUUCCAUCUUUCUCAUGUAGCGCUUUAGUGCGAAACCUAGGAAGUGAUCUGCUUGCAUCUCACGUUACUUGGGGCGACUAUAUCAUGAUGCUGAGAAUCAUCAAGAAAGUAACUUUGCCUUUCAGAAUGAGUAAUUCUGACAACCAAACCCUGCCUGCUGCAACUGUUCUAGAAAGUUCGUACCCUGCAAUUAUCAAUUCAGUAGACGACUAUUACAUAACAAGUCAGAAAUUAACUAUUCUGGAAACUACAAAUGGCAUUCAAAACCGUACUCUGUAUGACUACAUUACAGCUAACAACUCGGCACCAUAUUUUGUACGCGUGAUGGUUUCUAAUAGAUUAAGUUCUUCGGGCCAAGAAUGGACAGACUAUUUCGGAAAGUUCAAUUCCGGCACUUACAACAACCAAUGGAUGGUAGUAGAUUACAAACAGUUUAAUCCGAAGGACUCGCAACCGAUAAAAGCAGGAACCUUGCAUGUUUUGGAACAAUUGCCUGGUUUCAUAAUGGCAAAAGACAUGUCCCAUACGUUGGUUAGUAGCGACUAUCAAAACGCUUGGGUCAGUUACAAUGUUCCUUAUUUCGAAGCAACUCAGCAGAUAAACAACUAUUCGGCGUACAUUAACGAGUAUGGUUUGUUCUACUCUCACGAUCAGUGUCCUAGAGCAAACAUCUUUCGCAGAGAUCUCCACAAAUCGCAGGAUCUUAAUUCAACUAUAGCUCUCAUGCGUUACAACGAUUUCCAAAAUGAUCCUUACGCUAAGUGCAACUGCACGCCUUUGGGUUACAGUAGUGAAAACGGAAUAAGUGCUCGGUGCGAGUUGAACCCUUUGAAUGGUACGUACAACAUAGCAUCUGAAAGUGCUAGGUGUCACGGCGCAACUGACUUCAAAAUAACGAAUGCUGAGAUGAUAAAUUCGCUGCAGAUGGUCGCAAUUAGUGGACCCACUCAUUCUCAGCAGCCGGUGUUUGACUGGACACUUCAAGAAAACACCGCAUGUAAGGGAAUUUCGCCCGAAGGGCAUCCGAAAAGAUUCAAAUUUGGACCUGUUUUGGUGGAUAUCUGAUGAGACUGAUGAUUAAACUACAUCAUUGCAUUCAAAAUAAAGAUGAAACUUUUAACUCGUGUAACCAUAUUAGUUUCAGCAAUUUUUUUUCCAAAGAAGCUCAAUGUCUCGGAUUCAAUUAGAGUAAGUAAAAAAGCCAUCGUCUAGAAACAUACAUGAACUCAUCUAACUGAACUAUCUUUACAUCGUUAGACGGUCAUCUAAGAGUGUUUGAUUGGCAAAAAAAUUCUUAAAAAAUUGCGAUUUUAAGAAGCAGGUAUCCGUCAGUGAAAGUAAUAACUUACGAACUUUAAGACCUUUCGUUAAAAACUAUAUUCAUUGUUCUUUAAA